CAAGGGUCUCUCACGAAGGCCCCUGGACUGGAAGAGUGUUACAGCUUCUGCUGCAGGCUCACAACUGUUCGAAAUCCUUCACUCACGAUUGUCGAUUUUGGUUCGAUUCGGCAGCUCGAGGAUACAAUAUUGAGGAUUGCUUUUCGACGGAUUUGGACAUGGGGAGAUCUGUUGCCCUUUCCCGCCUCUCGCUGCUGAAUGUCCUGGGGCGGAGAAAUGUGUAUUUCUCGAGUUCCUUGAUUCAAUCCUGCCCAGGAUCAAGCGAACCCUACUUGGAGCAGGCUUCUCAUUUUUCUUCGGUAGCCUCCGAUUCUUCUCCAUCUCCAUCUACCUCCGGGCCUGCUUCAAUUGAGAAAACUGCUCUCGGAUCGGCCGCUGCUGCAAGGAGGGAGUAUGAGAAACAGACCGCCUUGUUGAGGAAGAAGUAUGCGGCAGAGCUGGCGGAAAAGAAAAAGCGUGAACAGAAAGACGAGGAAAUCGUUAGAGCUCGAAUCUCCGAGCUUAAGGCCGACCGCCUCCAGCUGAAGAAAGAGAAAGCCGCAGCUCGUGCGAUCGAAGUAGAGGAGGAGAACAGGAUUUUGCAGGCUCACUUGAAAGAGCAGAGAGCAACAAACGUCACUGCGAGAAAUAAACUGGAAGCAAGGCAGGGUCUAAUUCGACAUAAACGAAUGGUGGCCAUAAGACGCCAGAGUUCCAUGUGGAUUGAGGAGAAGGACUUGGAGAGGAGAAUUUUAGAGGCCAUGUCCAAUCCAUUUCAUCUGCGGGGGUAUCUGCAGGGCGCAGAACGACUAGAUAGAGAUGAAUCCUAUUAUGAAACUGAAGAUGUUUGAGUUGAAAAGUGUUCGAUCUCGAGUCCACGAGCAACUCUCCACUUCUUUCCACUUCUUUCCACUUUUCCUGAUAGGUUUGAACUGUUUAUGUUCUUCCCUGACGGAAGAGCUAAUGGGUUAGUGAUUAGUCGUAAGCUUGUAGUCUGAUACCAGCUGAUGUUAAAUUUUCCGCUUCAGAGCAGAAGAGUCUGUACUAGAGACCGUAACGAUGCAGUUCCUAAAUUCAUAUAUUCUUCACCGCCAUCGUAUUAUGGGGGUUAGUUCAGUUGUACCUUAUCAUUCCUACCUGAGGGUGUUGCAGAUGUUUGAAGUUGACAAGAAACAACACAAGUCAUCUGAGCAUCCACAGAUCAGUUCGAAGGAAGACGACAUCAGAAGUAGGCAGAUUUGCGUGCAUGAUGAUAUUUGAAGCACCUCAAUCCGUCAGGGUAAGGAUAUUGGAGGCGAGGUGAUCAUUCGAACCUCAAGUUUAUUUAUGGAUCAGAUGUGUAGAGAUAUGGCCAGGAAACUGUCGAGUCACUGAUUGGUCAUACAACAAGAGAGAUGGGAGUAUACUUUUUCCUGGUUACCAACGAUGUAACUUUAUCAAUAGGGAUGUUCAGGACGACGUCUUCUCAAGGCCGACGACUCCUUUGUCCAAGAAUGAUCCAAAAAAUUAGAGUUUUUUUCUGUCUCCAGGAUAAUAGCUUAUAAGAGGAAACCAUGAGAUAUUAGUGUGAAGAGGGCAGUGAGUCUUGUAAGUACAGGUCUUAAGGCAUGUGGGACUUUGAACAAGAUUAAGAUUCAUGGGUGCCAUAUCGCAGCGUUUUACACAAUUUUGUCCAAAUCUCUCUGCUGUUAGCUUGUCCUUAAACUCCGUAAUAGGUGCAACUGGAGUGGAGAAGACGGCGAGAAUGUGAAUGCUAUCACUAGUCAAGUUUAUGACUUGCAG